GAUGGUAUAGGUUCUUCAGCUUGAGCAGGGGCUGAACUAGAAGACCUCCAAGGUCCCUUCCAGAUUUCUAUUCUAUUCUAUUCUAUUCUAUUCUAUUCUAUUCUAUUCUAUUCUUAGAAUCCUGAUCUUCAACUUUAAUCCCUGACUAUCCCAUUUUUUGAGAUACCAUUCCUCAGUCUCCAUUGUUAUGUACAGAUUCAUCUGUAGCUCUAUCUUAAGUGCAGUGUUGGGGAACUUAGAGCUGGAGGAAUCCUAAUACCAUUAACUAAAAGUACCGUAUUUGUGCAUUUAUUUAUUUUUCUUAUUCAUAAUCUUCUGGUACAAAAUAUGAAAAAGUGGUAAGAUUUAAAGUAGUAGAUGCCGUGUCCACACAACAUGCAACUUACUAUAUUGAACUGAAUCCAGUUGCUUAAUUUCACUAAUACACUGAACCAUUACUCAUAUUGAUUUGUACAAUGAGCCAGAUAUUAGCCACCCACAUAUUAAUCCAACAUGUUUUAGCCCACCACUGCAAAAUAUGUACAUUUUAUAAGCAAGUUUUGUAUAAACUCACUAAUGUUUUUAUCCACCAUAAAAUUUUGUAAAGGGUAGAAAAAGCUUUGUGUAGAAUUAGCUUUAAUGCAUUUGAUAUUUUCAUUUUUCCAUGCAAUUUAAAGAUGGUUAUUUAAAACACAAAAAGGUAUGGGAUAGGAAAUGUCUGCAUACCUCUUCUUCAAUUCUGGAGUUUCAGUGAGUAUAACUACCAAUUCAAUGUUUUUUAUUUAUUCUUUCCUCCUUGCUGUAAACCAAAGCAAUAUUCUGGAGAGAGAUUAUGUUGUUAGAAGUAAAAAAAAUUAAAUUGGGGCUCAUAGCCAUUAUACAUAAAUGAGAGGAUUAGAUAAACCUCUCAAAUUAAGCAUUGUUUGGGCUGACAUAACAUUGUAGAAUAGAAAAUAAUGUUUUGUCCUAUCCUAUUGUGUGAACCAAGGCAUCAUAUAGACCUGUUUACUUCUGUUAUGUUCUCAUCAUACAAUAAAUAAUAAACAUAUAGCUGUAAUAUGGGUAGUGAGAUGGGUGACAUAUAAAUUUAAUAAAUUGGCUUAUUUAAAUUUAGACACAAUAUGUAAAUUUAGACACAGUAUGGGCCUUUUUGGGUAACUCAGAUAUAACACUAAUAAAUCUUACAUUUGACCAAGUAUUUUAUGGCCUUUUACUUUUCAGAGGGAUACUAAAGGCCCAGUAGACUCCUUGACUUUUUUCUCUACAAUAGUGAUUCUCUAAGUUUGGUUAAAUAAUGGGAUUGGUCCAAGUCACUCAGCAACUUGCACACCCAGCAACAUUCUAUUCUCCAAAUCAAAGGAAAAUGUAAAGCUACCAUAUCUGUAGCUGUCCUUUCCCCACAAUUCGAAAAUAUGACCAAGUUGCUACCUUUAUUUGAGAACAGGUAGGAUCUCUUGCUUCCGUAGUGCUUUCUAGCAGAUGUAGCGAUAAGGAAAGGGAUCAUCAUGGGGUUAUAAGCAAAAGUUACUAGAACCAAUAAUUACCUUAUGAAAUAUAAAAUUGAUAUUUUUACCAGACCCCUCCCCCCCCCCAAAACUCCUCGGGUUGUCAGGCAAAGCUCUCCAAAGCUAAAGCGGAGAUACUCCCUCUUCAGGGAGGUUUUUGGGAAACAAGCCAAUUGGAGCCCUGCAGCUCACUGAUUUCCUUUGGCUCCUCCUCUGUGCAGUAUAAAAUGCUUGCAGAAAAAAGAGCUCGUUCCAGUUGCUGCUAGAAACCACUGCUUUUUGUUUUUGUUUUUUUAUGCUGCUUUUGUGACAGGUUGCCUCCAGGAUGGAGGCUCCAGCUUGAGCACGUGCCAUCAACAACUGAAACUUUUGCUGGGAGGGAAGGCGUAUCUACUGUUCGCAGACAACCCGCCUCAUCUCAGGAGGGAGGGGCUGAUUCCAGACGUCUCCUCCCCCAUUGAGGAAGGAGGAAAAAGGAGAAAAAGGAAGAGUUCUGGCUUUUCGUGACCCAGUUAAGAUAAAACCUCUGCUCGGAUUUCAGACACUUGGUUAACGAGUACGGAAGGAGUCGCCUCCGCAGCCUAGAGAAGCGCUCUCGCCUCGCGGUAGUUUGUUUUCUGCAUUCCUCGGCCUUUCUGAGAAGAAAAGAACAAGACUUUCUGCUUGCAGCUGCAGCAGCCGUAGAACCGGAGUCAUGGUACCUGAGUUGCAGAAAAUAACUGUCCGGAUGAAGAAUCCUGAACGUGUAAAAAGUAUAGUUUCAGCACUCAGGAAAGGUGGAGCAGCAAGACUCCAGGUCAUUUCUGAUUUUGACAUGACUCUUACUCGGUUUGGCUUCAAUGGGAAGCGCUGUCCUACUUCGCAUAAUAUCAUAGAUAACUGCCGGGUCAUCAGUGAAGAAGGCAGAAAAAAGCUGAAAGAUUUACUUCAUCAUUACUAUCCUAUUGAAAUUGAUCCUUAUCAGACUAUGGAGGACAAACUGCCCCUCAUGAUAGAAUGGUGGACUAAAGCUCAUAACCUCCUAUCUCAGGAAAAGAUUCUGAAGAAUGAUAUUGCCCAAAUAGUGAAAGAAUCAGAUGUUAAACUCAGAGAUGGCUUCAACAUUUUUUUUGACCAGCUGCAUGAGAACAAAGUUCCCCUGUUCAUCUUUUCAGCAGGUGUAGGUGAUGUGUUAGAGGAAAUAAUUCAUCAGGCUGGUGUAUUCCACCCUAACAUCAAUGUGGUUUCCAACUAUAUGGACUUUGAUGACAAUGGUGUUCUGCAAGGUUUCAAAGAUCCUCUUAUCCACAUCUAUAACAAGAACAACACAGUCCUGAAGAACACAGAGUAUUUCCAGCAACUGUGUAAAAGAACAAAUAUCUUACUGCUUGGAGAUUCCAUGGGUGACCUCAGUAUGGCAGAUGGUGUUGCUGACAUGGAGAAUAUCCUCCGGAUUGGCUUCCUGAAUGAUAGGGUGGAAGAACGGCGGGAGAAAUACAUUGAGGCUUAUGAUAUUGUACUGGAGAAAGAUGAAACAUUGGAUGUGAUACAGAUUGCUUUGUCUGAUCAGCAAAGGAGAGAAUUCCCACAGAUCUCUCUAGAUGUGUUUGGAUUGUACAGCUCAUAUUGUACAAUAGGCAUGGAAAUUAUAAGAGCUUGUCCAACACAUUUGGAAGGCUAAGUGGGGAGGAAUUGUUAUUCGUCUUCUUUCACCAAUGCAGACCCCUUCUAGUCCUUGAUCCAUUCCAGGGAUGAUAUAGCCUUUCCCAAUCUUGGCAAGUCAUCAUGACACCUAGCCAACUGCUGAUGUCUAAAAGACUGGUUAGAACUCAGAUGGAAGCUGAAGAUUGCUCCUGCACCCUCUGGAAAGUUCUUACAACCUGUCUUCGGUUCCAAGCCAAGGGUUGAUAUAUUAAUGUAUUAUUGUAAUUCUGGUGCUCUUGUUUCUUUGUAUUGUUCAUAAGAUCCUUUUUAUUUGGGCUGUCUCUUGGAUUUGAUAUUUUACCUAUUUUUCUGGAUUUUCCAAUUUUGUACGCCACUUAAAGUUCAUUGGGGUUGGGGGCUAAUACAUUUGAAUAAAUAAAAUAAAUAAAUAAAACAUCAA